UCAUAUCUAAAUACCCGAGUAAAUAUAUUUAAUAUAUAAGACUACGAAGAGCUGAAAAUUACAAAGAAAUAUAAAAUUUAUUUUUAUAGCUCUUUGAAUAAUAUGAAACAAAGCUCUUCGAUAAAACCGAACGUAUCCGGAAGUUGAAAUGCGCAUGCGCAAUAUGUUUGUUUUCUUUUUAUAAACUGUGUAAGAAAUCUGUUUAACACGGCUGCUGCAAUUAUCGUGAAUUUGAUGUAAAAAAAAAAAAUGAACAAUCCCUGGUAAGAUUUGCCACUGCUGCCCACAGAAAUGUAUUAGAGGACAAGUGUGCAGCUGGCCAGAACGCUCCUGAGGACCUUUUUAACUUCCAGAUCAGUCAUGGGAGGACUUCUGGAAAGAGAGAAAGAGUUGAAACAAAGGUAAUGAAAGAGAGCAAGGAGCAGGAAGCCAGUCUUAGUCCAAAAAAGAAAAAGGGAAAAACCAGUCUACCUGCCAAAGACAAUGGCAAAGGAAAUGAAAAAAGACAGGCUGAGAAACCGAAGGAAGCCACCCCUAAGAAGAGUAAAGCCUCCUCUACAAAACCAUGCUUAGAUGAUACUGCGCUCCAAGUUGGGAAGCAGAUGUUACCUCUGUUUGACCAGUUUUUUGAUUCUGGUAAUAAUGACCAUCUGCCAGCAAGAGAUGGAGGUAAUCAUCUGCCAGAUGCAAAGAUCAACCCGGUGUCAGCAGAACCUCCAGUCUUGGACACUAAAUUGCCAGCUGAAGACGAGUCACUAGAUGCAGGGGAAAUGUUUACAGCAACAAAGCUACCAGCUGUAAAUGACUUGCCAAAAGGUGAGGAACCCUCUGCCCCAGACCAGUUUCCAGCUGUAAGUGAUAAGCUGCUGACAUCGGAGCCCUCAGCAGUUGGAGAUGAGCCCCUAGCUGCACAAAGGAAGACCAGUCAAAGUAGCAAUCCGUCAGUGACAGUCUGUACACCAAUUGCAGGAAACAUCAUGCAGCAACACAGAGCACAACAAUCCAGCCUAAUAAACACUUGGCAAACUUGUCAAAAUGCCAUGGCUGUUGUUGGCGGAGGGGCUGAUGAGUUGGCAAACACCAGACCUGCAAUACCAGUACCUUCACCUGAAGUUCUUCAAACUUUGAGGGCUGUUUGUCAACCAGAAUUUAUCAGUUUUUUACAAAAUCUGGUGUAUCAUCUGCAACAACCCGGCUGCAGUCAUCCAUGUUCCCAGCCUCAGAUGAAUGAACACACUAGUUCCUUCCUUGGUCUAAUGGAGAAUGAUGAUUCAAACAGUAUGUAUGUCUACCCCUCAGGGGGACCCUCCCAUGAUGACACACUGCCCGGCUCAGACAUUGAACCUUGUAUGUCGAGCACGCCAGCUAAGAGAGCAGAUACUGUAACCAAGACUUACACAAAAUUGACAAAUGCAGGUGAAUUUCCAAGACGGUCUCCUAGAAAACACAGCCACAAGGAGAAUACAAAAGAAAAGGUUGUUGAACAGCAAUCAACAGCAGUCAAGGAUACAGGCAAAAAACUCAAAACUCAAGGGAGUAUCAGUGCAACCUGUUCAACAUCUGUUGAUUUGUCCCAGACUGACAGGAAUCAAUCAAAUGAAAUGGUAAUGCUUCUAGAGUCCAGUGAAAUUCGGGUUAAAAGAGAAAAUAAAAGAAACAUCCUCGCUAAAGCCCUGAAGAAGAAAGGCAAAGAAGGAUAUAUUGCCAUGUAUCUUCUUUGUGGUGAAGUUUUCACAAUAACAGAACUUGCAAGUUCUAAAGGCCUUGGAAUUGGAAAGGCUUCAAAGGCUGAUGAUCCAAGACCUUCACUGGACCAACAGAAAAUAAAGGAUCUUAAAGAUUUUGUUGUCGCUUGGUGUAAGGCCAACAAGCUGGCAGUUCCAACGGACAGUGACCUAAAUAGUGCCUGCACAGAACGAAUAGGCUAUGCCAGGAAACAGGAAAGGAAACAAAAACAGUAGCCAGCCAAAGUUGGAAAAAAAUAUGCUAAAUCAUGGAGGACACUCAUUACUGUCAAACAAUUUUGUUAGCUGUUUUGUAUAUCAAAAUGUUAUGGCCUCAUAAUUUUUUAAAAUUUUAUUGCCAGUUUAGCAUAUGAUAUAAUGAUAUGUACAUAUAUAUAGCAAAUUUUACUUUUAAUGGGUUGUAACUGACAGUGAUACUUUGAAAGCUUUGUAAUUUUAAAUUAAUUUGUAGUAGGUAAAUAUGUUUAUAAAUUGUAUGCACAAUCUGAAAUUUUGAAAAAAAAUAUAUUAAUAGAAUUGAAAUACUCUUUUUUAGUUGAAUCCAUGGAUGUCUAGCUUUUACUUAUAUUGCAGGUUUACGCCCGUAAAUUACAUUCAGUUAUUUACGCACGUAAAAUUUUGUAUGCAAUUACGCCUGUAAUUUUAACAUAUUCACACGUAAACUGGUAUUGCUUUUACGCCCGUAAACAAUAAUGGUUUUACGUGUUUAAGCUCAUUUGCAUAUUUUGACUUAAAUUACGUGUACUUUACGUGCACUUUACGUUCAGUUUACGCCAGUAAUUUCUGUUAAAGUAAGUACUAUUGUAACACGUAAUAUUCUGUUUACGACCGUAAAUUGCAGUAAAAUUACGUUUAGUUUACAGCCGUACAAUUUCG